AUGGCUCAAAAGCUGUAUCCACGAGGCACAGUCAAGCGCAUUGUGAAAGCCCACUCGAACCGGAACGUGAGCAAAAACGCCGACAUCCUGAUCUUCCUCGACUAUAUGCUGUUCAUGCAAGAGUUAAUGCGCGAGGCCUCAAUCAAGUCGCGUAAAUCUGGCGAGAAGAACAUCUCGGCCAAUACGGUGCGCAAGGUUACUGAGCCUUGA